CGCUUCACCUGAGCUGUUAACGCACGCACUUCCCCAGCUGUCAAUCACCUGGAGAGGGCGUGGCGCGCAGCAGUGAUUGGACGCUUUCAGUUUUUUUUUUUUUUUUUUUUGGAAGCGCUCAUGGAAAUAAGGCGCAGCAGAGGAACCGAACACGAAGAGAAGCGGGAGGAUUACUCAGCAACAGAGGCUCGUCGUCACAGGCAUGUCGGUCCUCCCGGGUCCGCGCGGCGCGUCCGCGCUCUGGUCACUGCUGCCGUUCUGUCUGUUUGUAGCGGCGGACGCUCUUUACGUCAUCGACCUGGAUGCACCUGAGCUCACCUGGAGCCAGGGCUUCAUUCACUGCAAUUUAGAAUCAGAAAGCCAGUUUCCUGCUGUGCUGCCUGAUCCAAGCUCUUCCCUGGAUGUGACUGAAAUGGAACUUAAAGCCACUCUCUGCCGUUCAGACAAGCAUGACUAUAAACCCUGUCUGUUAAUCGAUCUCACCCUCCAAGAAGAAGAUGUUUUAAAGGACAUGUCUGAGGAGUCAGGGGACGACAUUGAAGACAAAGUUAUGGUAAAGGUAUCCCUCAGCUCAUCUACCGCAAGUGUCUGGAAGGCAAUUCAGUGUACACCAGCGCAACCUACAUCAAACCAGUCAUCCACACCGAGCCCUCUUAAGCUGCUGCUGAAAGAACAAGUGGAUUUUGGAAUUGUUGUUGUGGUGGUUGCUUAUUCCAAGAACAUGCACAUUGAGCAGAACAUCACAAUUCCACCGUUAGAAGAAGUUUGCUCCAUGAUCCUCAGUGAGAACAUAACUGCAUGUGAUGUUCCCAGGAUUGUAGUGGUGUUUGAACGUGACAGAGAUCUAAUUCUACUGCAACUGACAAAUCCUGAUUCCGAAAAGGAAGCACAACUGCGAAUGCUUUGGAAUGAAAUGCCUAAAAAUGUUCUCCUUUGGCCCCAAGGCAAGCGUGAGAUGACGAUAACAUCCGAAUAUAUUGCACCAUGCCUGUGCUUUGAGGUGUGGUGGAAGGAUAAAGGCUUAAGACGAAAAUAUUGCCCUUUUACAAGUGAUCGCGAGGCUGUUGAAAGAAUGCUGCCUCAUGUGUCUCUGACGGUGGUGGAGUCUCAGGUGAGGGACAGAGGCACAGCCCUGACCUGGAAUGUCACGUCUCCUUGUGCUCUGGAGGCAGACCUGUGGCUCUGCACUAAAGACUUUGAAGGAGGUCACUGCAAGGAAUUGACCGGCUCCAGACAGAAGCUUGGGGGCGUCUGGACGGCUGGACAUGGUGCACACUGGCAAACGGGGGAGUUCAACGUGUCUAGUCAUCCUCUGACCUGUGUACAGAUAAAAGGAAUGGAGUCAAACUUUGAGCCCCAGUGUCCAUAUUCAAACUCUCGGGUGAGAUGGAUCCUUCCUCUGCUCAUCGGAUUUCCACUGAUGUGCAUAGCCAUACUUGGAGCUUACAUUGCACAAGGCAUCCUUAAAGGCUACGUUUGGAAAUGGUUGAAAGAAGAUGAUGUGAAAGGUGCUGUGGGUGGUGGCCAUGUGGUUCUGCUGUACCCCCCCGAUGAAAAUGAGCAGGCUCUGCCGGGCCUGCUGUGUCAGCUGGGCUCGUCUCUGCAGGAUCUGGGCUUCACCGUCUCCCUGGACCUGUGGAGCCAGACUGAACUCAGCAUCCUCGGCCCUGUGCCGUGGCUCCACUCCCGCCUGGACCGGCUGCAAAGGCAAGGGGGCAAAGUCGUGCUAGUCCUGACGCAGGUCACUUGGACCCGAGCUGAAGAAUGGGGAGCUCUAAGCUGCAGCAGAAGCACUCCAACGGAGAAUAACAGAAAUAAGGAGAACCCAGAAGGAAGCUCCCCCACUUCGUCCCACCGUGCUGAUGUUUUUGGGGCUUCGCUGAGCUGUAUACUAGCUGACUGCUUACAAGGCCGGGCUGGUGAAAGGUUCAUGUUGGUGCAAUUCGAAUCCCUUCCACCUGAGCCACCGGGCAGCUUCAGGCCGCUGCCGCAGCUUUUCCGUGGCCUCCACGUGUACAGCCUUCCAUCACAGAGUCUGGGCUUUCUGACAGAACUGGCUGGAGCUCAGCGAGCGGCUUCUGCUUCAACCAGACGAAAAAGAGCUGGAGGGCUGAGGAUAGCGUCACGAGCCCUGGCACAAAAGCUGUCAGGGUUCACAGCAGGAACAAAUGUUCUACAGGUUCCUUUGCUGCCUCAGGGUUGUGUGGGAGGACAGGAUUUGGGUGAAACUGUGCCUCUAAACUCAUGCCUCAUUACAGAUGAGUGCAGCCCUGACACCAACCCUGUUGUCAGAGAAACUGAAUGGGCCUGACAGCUGGAGGACGGGAGAUGAGGAGCAAGUAAUGAGGGAAAAGGACCUCGUGAUGCACUGAAAGACCCUAAGAAGGAUUCUAUCAGCUUCUCUUUUGAUCUUUGCUGAUUUCAUUUGGAGGAUCUAUUGAAGUCAAUCAGUUAAUGUUUCGGUCAGCAAAAUCAGUAGCUUGUUUUUUGAGUUAACAUGAGUAAAAGUCAAUAAAACUUAAGCUGCUAAUGUGGGAGAAAUGGCAUUAAAGCAUCACACUACCCAGAAGUUUCAAAUGAAAAAGAUGGCAGAUCUUGUUUAAGUUUUCAGAAAGAAAGUUAAAUGUGAGAUGAAUAUUUACAUUUUUAUUUUCUACUUGCAUAAAAUGUGACUAUACUCAUCUCAAAUGUUAUUUUCUAUCUGAGUGCAAUGUGAGAUGAACAUAUUCAGAGGCUGCAGGGAUGUACAAAGUAAAAAAAAAACUCCUCCAUGAAGUAUAGACCUCUGCAAGUGUUCUGCCUUUGUGUGUUUUUACCUGAACCAGUAUAUGUUGUUCAUUUUUACAUAGCAUGCUGUAUUUAUGUGUGAUUUAUAAUAAAAUCUUGAAUAUUUUAAAAAAAGGUUA